AAAUCUAUCGACCAAUAGCGGUAAGCAGCAACAGCGCGACUGCCCGGCGAGUCAGCGAAACAUGUGUGAAUGAGCUGAGUCAGGAGUUUCAGGAGCGAUUCGGCCUGACUGGAGUUUAUCGAAUUGAAGGCAAACAGUUAAAGACGAAUUCGACGCGAUGGAGAUCGAAGUUUGUAACGCUGGUAAUUCCAAGCUUGUAUCAACGGUGAAUGUGACCUCUGAUACCACUGUUAAAGAGAUAAAACAACAACUACACAAGUUGAAAAAAGCGCCAUACCCAGAACGGCAAAGUUUGCGACCAGAAGCUAAAGGUAAAUCGUUGGCCGAUACAGAAACCAUUAAAUCGCUAGGUAUCAGGGCCGGUGGAAAAUUGUACUUAAAAGACCUUGGGCCUCAGAUUGGAUGGAGAACCGUAUUUCUUGUUGAGUAUGCAGGACCAAUUUUUGUCUAUCUUUGGCUUUACCAACGCCCAUGGCUAUUUUACGGUAACGUCGCAACAGCAAAAGUUGAGCCCGUUGUGGACUGGGCAGCAGCGUGUUGGGUAAUACAUUACGCUAAGCGGUUAUUGGAAACAAUUUUUGUUCACCGCUUCAGUCAUGGUACCAUGCCACUGCGUAAUCUUUUCAAGAAUUGUUCGUAUUACUGGUUAUUUGCGAUGUAUGUUGCCUACCACAUCAAUCAUCCGUUAUAUACCGCUCCCGAUCAGUCAGUGUCAUACAUUGGACUCGCCAUUUUCGCAAUAUCCGAAUUGGGGAAUUUGAGCAUACAUUUGGCUCUAAGAAACCUUAGACCUGCCGGAACUACAAUCCGAAAAAUUCCAGUGGGUACUGGUAAUCCAUUAACUGCACUUUUCAACUUCGUGUCAUGUCCGAACUACACAUACGAAUUUGGAAGUUGGGUUGGAUUCACCAUCAUGACAAAAUGUCUUCCAGCUGGCAUAUUCGCAUUAGCCGGAAUGUACCAGAUGACCAUGUGGGCGUUAGGAAAGCACAGAGCUUAUAAGAAGGAAUUUUCAAACUAUCCUCGAAAUCGUAAAGCUAUUAUACCUUUUCUUCUAUAAACUGAGGCAAUAUAAUGUAAUUAGUGUCUACAGUUGAUAUUCCUAGAAAUAUUAACAAAAAAAUUUUUUAUUCAUCUACUUAACUACUUAUUCUGAUGGCACAGAAUCCACAGAAUUUAAGUACUGUUACUGUUUCAUAAAUAAAUCGUUUUUUCAAUUGA